CAGGACCUUGCUACGAAUUUCCCUCCUUUGUCUCAGAGGUGUGCUGCAAGUCUAGGGCGUGCUGCAUCAGAGGUAUGCUGCUUGGUUUGGCUUCUUCCUUUUUUGUCAGGAUGGUGCUUAGGUCGAGGUCCAGCGUCGCCCAAAGCACAAAAGUAAAACAGCCGGCUAGUUUUCCCUCUACCCUUGUACUUACCCCUUCAAGCAAAAAACUUCAUGCAAGAAGGCCUUUGCGAGUCUAACUACAUCGUAGUACGCAUAUUCUUCGUCCAUAGUAGUUUUUGAAUACAUAUGAAUUCAACAUUCUUCAUUCAUUCGAAUUCUCUUCAUUGCUGUUGUACACAUCUGAACUGGCAACCCGUUGCGUGAUUUGCAAGAACCUGUGUUAUCAUGAUCGUCAGCUGAUAGCUGCGACCCGAU